AUGGAAAAAGUUUUUUUUAUUAUUUUCUUUUUAAUAUUAUCUAAUGUAAAUACAACUUUUCUUCAAUAUGAAGAAGACAGUCAAACUUUAUUAUCUAAAAAGAAUAUUGAUAUUUCAAAACUUCAUAAUAUAUUAAACAAUCCUAUAAAAGUAAAUAAAACUAAGAAUGGAUUUGUGGAAAAUCAACAAUCACAUAAUAAUUCAUUAAAUUUAAUUAUUUUUAAUAAAACUGGUCAUGAUAAUGGACUUGAAGAUAAAGUUAAUGUUAUUAAUAUUAGAAAAUCACCAAUAAAUGAACAAAAAAUUAUUGAUAAAGAUGAUGUUUUAAAAGUAUCAAAUGAUGAUGUAAUGGAUCCAUAUUAUUUUGGAUAUGGUUCACCAUAUAAUGUUUUUAAAUAUGGAUAUAAACUUGAUAAUGAAUAUUAUUAUAAUAAUAAUCCUAUGCAAUAUUUUACUCCUUAUUAUAAUAAUUAUGGUGGAAGAUUUAAUAAUUUAAAUAAUCCAAUGAAUGGGAAUUUUCCUGGUACAAAUAAUUAUUUUAAUCAACAAUAUGGUAAUAAUAUACCUCCAAGAAUGAGAUAUGGACAAUAUCUACCUUUUAAUUAUAAUGAAGGAUUUGAAAAUAAUUCUCCAUAUAAUAAUUUUGAUAUGAUAGACAAUUAUAAAUCUAUACCAAAUGUUAGAAUUUCACCUUAUGAUGAAAAUAUAUUACCAUAUGAAAAUCAAGAACCAUUUAUAUCUAGAAAUAAUGAAAGAGAAGACAUAAAACCAAAAAAAACUCAAACAUUUAGAAGUUUACUAGCAUCUAGGGGAAACCUUGAUUUAGAUUUAAAUUAUGAUGAAGAUUAUGAUAAUGAAAAAAAUACAGAAUCAUCUUCUACAAUCAAUGCACCAAUAACAUCUUUACUUCAUGGAGUACCAAUGAAAACAAAAAAACCAAAACCAGAGAAAGGUGUAAUGAUGUCAAAUGGUGGAUAUUCAUAUGCUGCAUAUAUAGAAAGGCAAGCUAAUAUGUAUCCUAUUAUGAUGUAUACAUUAAUAAAAUGUGUUCCAUGUCAAAGAGCUAAACAUUUACUUGCUGUACAGUACUCUGAUGUACGUUCUCAUUUUCUAGAACUAGCUGGUGAUGAAGAUUGGCAAAGGCAACUUCAGGUAGAUUUACAACAUAUAACAGAAGCCUUAACUUUUCCAUAUAUAUUUCUUUGUGGUAAUUAUAUUGGUGGAGCAUCAGAUUUAUUUCAACUUCAUCAACAAGGGCAAUUACGAAGAAUAGUAAAUGCCUGUAAUCCAAAAUAA